GCGGGGACCCGGCGGCGGCCCGGGACGCAGGGAGGGGACCCGUGCCGACACCGAGGGAGGGGCCGCGCCGCCUUGGAGAGUCAUUGGAGGACGCGGCAGCCCGAAGCUGAUAAAUCAGGGGCCGGGUCGCGGCUGCGGGCCAAGUUGGACGCCCCGACCGGUGCGAGGGCCAGGUCCGCGCCGGCCCCGCCAAGCUAAGCGAGGCGACCCGCGUGCGGCCAUGGCCUCGCUGCUGGGAGCCUACCCUUGGCCCGAGGGGCUCGAGUGCCCGGCCCUGGACGCCGAGCUGUCGGAUGGACAGUCGCCGCCCGCCGCCCCUCGGCCCCCGGGGGACAAGGGCUCCGAGAGCCGUAUCCGGCGGCCCAUGAACGCCUUCAUGGUUUGGGCCAAGGACGAGAGGAAACGGCUGGCGGUGCAGAACCCUGACCUGCACAACGCCGAGCUCAGCAAGAUGCUGGGAAAGUCGUGGAAGGCACUGACGCUGUCUCAGAAGAGGCCGUAUGUGGACGAGGCGGAGCGGCUGCGCCUGCAGCACAUGCAGGACUACCCCAACUACAAGUACCGGCCGCGCAGAAAAAAGCAGGCCAAGCGGCUGUGCAAGCGCGUGGACCCCGGCUUCCUCCUGAGCUCCCUCUCCCGGGACCAGAACGCCCUGCCGGAGAAGAGAAGCGGCAGCCGGGGGGCGCUGGGGGAGAAGGAGGACAGGGGUGAGUACUCCCCCGGCACUGCCCUGCCCAGCCUCCGGGGCUGCUACCACGAGGGGCCGGCUGGUGGUGGCGGCGGCGGCACCCCGAGCAGUGUGGACACGUACCCGUACGGGCUGCCCACACCUCCUGAAAUGUCUCCCCUGGACGUGCUGGAGCCGGAGCAGACCUUCUUCUCCUCCCCCUGCCAGGAGGAGCACGGCCACCCCCGCCGCAUCCCCCAUCUGCCAGGGCCCCGGUACUCACCGGAGUACGCCCCCAGCCCUCUCCACUGUAGCCACUCCCUGGGCUCCUUGGCCCUUGGCCAGUCCCCCGGCGUCUCCAUGAUGUCCCCUGUACCCGGCUGUCCCCCAUCUCCUGCCUAUUACUCCCCGGCCACCUACCACCCUCUCCACUCCAACCUCCAAGCCCACCUGGGCCAGCUCUCCCCGCCUCCUGAGCACCCUGGCUUGGAUGCCCUGGAUCAACUGAGUCAGGUGGAACUCCUGGGGGACAUGGAUCGCAAUGAAUUCGACCAGUAUUUGAACACUCCUGGCCACCCAGACUCUGCCACAGGGACCAUGGCCCUCAGUGGGCAUGUCCCCGUCUCCCAGGUGACACCAACGGGUCCCACAGAGACCAGCCUCAUCUCUGUCCUGGCUGAUGCCACGGCCACCUACUACAACAGCUACAGUGUGUCAUAGAGCUGGAGGCGCUGCGCCCAGCCAGCCCUCACACCCUCUCCUUCCUGUGCCCUGAGUGGCGGGGGAGCCCGGCAGCCACACUAGCUUUCCUCCCACCACUCAGGGCAGGGAGGUCUGAACUGUGGCCCCAGAGCCUUUGGCCUAAGCUGGACUCUGCUUAUCCGAGUGCCGCCUCCAUCCCCUUCCCCACAUUCAAGCUCCUGCAGCCUGCAUUUUAAGUAUAUGCCUUCAAGUGAGUUUUCCUCCAGCCCCUGAGAGUUGCUGUCUCCCAGUAGAAUAUUCACCGACCUCUUUUCUUUGUAGCCAUCAUCGAAACUAAUGGUGGGACAGACUUGAUAGCCGAGGUCCCUUCUGGUCCACAGUUUUCUGAUUUAGGGUUCUCUCAAGGUUAAUAAAGGAAGAUGGGGAAAUCUGACUCAUUAAUGAGCUCACUAACCUAUGAUCUGGUGAUAAUUUUGUGUGCACAGCCCAAGGACCACGAGGCUUUCUGCACUUUCUGCACUCCUUUCCAAAAUGACCACAAAAUUCCAAAGGGACUCACAAUUUGACAAAAAACAGUCAACCUGAUUUGAGACAUUAACCAGUAUGGCUACCUAUAUUACAGAAAAUGGGAUUGAGUUAAAACUAUUUUAUUUUAAAUAUACAUUUUAAAGCAGUUCUCUCUCUCUCUCUCUCUCUCUCUCUCUCUCUCUCUCUCUCUCUCUGUCUCUGUCUCUCUUUAUUAUACACACACUUCAAGAGAAUAUGCACAGUCUAGGCCGGGCAUGGUGGCUCACGCCUGUAAUCCCAGCACUUUGGGAGGCCGAGGCGUGUGGAUCACCUGAGGUCAGGAGUUCAAGACCAGCCUGGACAACAUGAUGAAACCCUGUCUCUACGAAAAAUACAAAAUUAGCUAGGAGUGGUGGUGCACACCUGUAAUCCCAGCUACUUGGGAGGCUGAGGCAGGAGAAUGUCUUGAACCUGGGAGGUAGAAGUUGCAGUGAGCCAAGAUUGCAUCAUUGCACUCCAGCCUGGGCAACAAGAGUGAAACUCCAUUUCAAGGAAAAAAAAAAAAAAAGAAUCUGCACAGUCUGAAUAUAUAAAAGGAGUGUGAGAGACACAUGCCCACUUCAUGCAACUCUUAAAGUCUAAAUCAGAUAUUUUUAUUAACAAUGACAGCUUCUUGCCAACUCCCUGUUUCUGAUGACCCAAAGAGCCCGGGUUCCUAAAAGGACUUUACAACCAAGCAAAGUCACUGUCCUCAAAUCUGGAUAUACACUUCCCCCUCUGUAGAUUUGAAAGGUGCUUCCUUCCCAGCCGUCUCCAGUUUCUUUACUCUCUUUUCUGGGAUUUCUUCUUCUCUUCUUUCUACUCUUCCUCCACUGCUGAACUAGUCGCUAACUCAAACAGCCCCUGACUUAGCCCGAGCAUGCUUCCUCCAGCAGCAGUGAGAGUGUGUCUUCCUCACCAGCCAGGUCCUCAGGCAAAGUCCUCAGCCAGUGCUUUAGAGCAACUUCCCACAAAUCAGAAACUCACUGUGAUUCCAAAAAUGUUUCUGAGCCCUGGACACCUGACCCCAAAACAUUUUCAUCUUUCUCCCAGACCUCCUGUGAAGGAGCAUGUGUAACAGUGUGCUGAAAGACAGUUGUUUUUUUUUUUUUAUUUUAGCAUAUUAUUUCCUGUAUGAAAUAUGUUUUAUAUAAUCUCCUAUUAUUUUUAUCUUAUGUUUUGUAUUGUUGAUAAAUCCUUUUUGCCCUCCCAAGAUGUCCUAUUAUAAAAUCACUUAUAAGAUAUGAUUACUCUUUAUGCUAUUACUUUAUAUGCCAUUUGGUAAUAAAUAGUAAAUUGUUGAUGAUAUGAUUGACGGGUGUGCAGUCCAGAGCAUGUAUGAAUAAUCUCAUAAAACAGUAUCACAGCCAUUAAGCUAAACUGUUUCAUUUUUUUGAAAGAACGACACAUACUUUGAAACAGUUGUCAAUAUUAAUUUGUUGAAAAUAUUUAAUUUAAAUAAACGUUUUUGUACCAUGA